AUGGAGGACACAACUGAUACUACCUUUUGUAGUGGUGGUACUGACUUUAUUGGCCUCCGGUCUGGCAAACUCGGGGAGCAGUGUGAAGCCGUCGUCCGAUUUCCCAGGCUUUUCCAGAAAUAUCCUUUCCCGAUUCUCAUUAAUUCGGCUUUCCUGAAGCUCGCUGAUGUUUUCAGAGUGGGAAACAACUUCCUGAGGCUGUGUGUGCUGAAAGUUACGCAGCAGAGUGAGAAGCACUUAGAGAAGAUUCUGAAUGUGGACGAGUUCGUCAAAAGAGUUUUCUCAGUAAUUCACAGCAAUGAUCCAGUUGCUCGGGCUAUUACACUUCGGAUGUUGGGCAGCAUGGCAUCUAUUAUUCCAGAAAGAAAGAAUGCUCAUCACAGUAUUCGUCAAAGUUUGGAUUCCCAUGACAAUGUGGAAGUUGAAGCUGCUAUAUUUGCUGCUGCCAACUUUUCUGCACAAUCAAAGGAUUUUGCUGGUGGAAUAUGUAAUAAAAUCAGUGAGAUGAUUCAAGGUUUAGCCACACCUGUGGACUUGAAAUUGAAGUUGAUCCCUAUUCUACAGCACAUGCAUCAUGAUGCUAGCCUGGCCUCUAGCUCCCGGCAGCUGCUUCAGCAGCUGGUAACAUCGUAUCCCUCUACCAAAAUGGUCAUUGUUACACUGCACACCUUUACUCUGCUUGCUGCUUCUUCUUUGGUUGACAUUCCUAAGCAGAUCCAGCUGUUGUUGCAGUACUUGAAGAUUGACCCCAGGAAGGCUGUGAAGAGGCUUGCAAUCCAAGAUUUAAAGUUGUUGGCCAGCAAGACACCACAUACAUGGAGCAGAGAAAACAUUCAGGCACUCUGUGAAUCUGCUCUUCACACUCCUUAUGACAGCUUGAAACUGGGCAUGCUAUCUGUUCUUUCUACGUUAUCAGGGACCAUUGCCAUUAAACAGUACUUCAGCAGUGCUCCAGGAACAGCAGCUACAACUGUGAGAUCAUUUGAUUUAGUAAAACUGGCACAGGAGUGCUGUUACCAUAAUAACCGUGGCAUUGCAGCUCAUGGUGUGAGAAUUCUGACUAAUAUAUCAGCCUCUUGUCAGGAAAAAGAUCUUCUGCCUUUGGAGCAAGAUGCAGUUUUUGGCUUAGAAGCUCUUCUUGUUCUUUGUAGUCUGGAUGACAGUCCAGGAGCUCAGGCAACCUUGAAGAUCACGUUAACUUGUAUGGUGAAGCUGGUCAAAUGCCGCCCUCACCUGAGCCAGUCAGUAGUUGAAUCCCUGCUGACCCAGUUGCACAGUGCCCAGGACGCUGCUCGGAUUCUCAUGUGCCACUGUUUAGCAGCUAUAGCGAUGCAGCUGCCUGUCUUAGCAGAUGGGAUGCUGGGAGACCUAAUGGACCUCUAUAAAUUAAUUGGACGAUCUGCCACAGAUAAGAAACAGGAACUCUUGGUUUCUCUCGCCACAGUGAUAUUUGUUUCCAGUCAGAAAGCUUUAUCUUCAGAGAUCAAAACUGUUAUCAAACAGCAGCUUGAGAAUUCCUCCAAUGGAUGGACAGCCUACAGGAUAGCCAGGCAGGCUUCCAGAAUGGGCAACCAUGAUAUGGCCAGAGAACUGUAUCAAAGCCUGCUGACUCAAGUGGCUUCAGAACACUUCUACUUCUGGCUGAACAGCUUGAAGGAGUUCUCCCAUGCAGAACAGUGUCUGACAGGUUUGCAGGAGGACAACUACAGCUCAGCACUUUCUUGCAUCGCUGAAGCUUUAAAAUCCUAUCACAAAGGAAUAGCAUCACUGACGGCUGCUAGUACGCCACUUAAUCCUCUGAGUUUUCAAUGCGGAUUUGUGAAACUGAGGAUUGACCUGCUGCAAGCUUUUUCUCAACUUAUUUGUACCUGCAACAGCUUAAAAACAAGUCCACCACCAGCUAUUGCCACAACGAUUGCUAUGACGUCAGGAAAUGAUCUCCAAAGGUGUGGACGCAUCUCUAAUCAGAUGAAACACUCAAUGGAGGAAUUCCGGAAUCUGGCUACACGGUAUGGAGAUCUGUAUCAGUCAUCUUUUGAUGCAGACUCGGCAACUCUAAGGAAUGUAGAACUACAGCAGCAGAGCUGCCUGUUGAUUUCACAUGCGAUAGAAGCUCUGAUUUUGGAUCCAGAAUCUGCAAGUUUCCAGGAAUAUAGCUCAAAUGGAACAGCACUUGUUGAAAGUGAAUAUGAAAGAAGAAUGAUGUCUGUAUUUAAUCAUGUACUGGAAGAAGUGGAAUCUCUCAACAGGAAGUAUGCUCCUGUGUCUUACUUGCACACAGCUUGUUUGUGCAAUGCUGUCAUUGCGUUGUUGAAGGUACCCCUUUCAUUUCAAAGGUACUUUUUUCAAAAGCUGCAGUCUACAAGUAUUAAGCUUGCUCUAUCCCCAUCUCCGAGGAACCCAGCAGAACCUAUUGCAGUACAGAACAAUCAGCAAUUGACCCUAAAGGUGGAAGGAGUGGUUCAGCAUGGAUCUAAACCAGGCCUUUUCCGUAAAAUCCAAUCGGUCUGUCUAAACGUCUCUUCAGUGUUGCAGGGCAAAUCUGGACAGGACUAUAAGAUUCCUAUUGACAACAUGACCAAUGAAAUGGAGCAGAGGGUGGAACCACACAACGACUACUUCAGCACUCAGUUUCUGUUAAACUUCAUGAUACUUGGCACCCACAACAUCACUGUAGAGUCCUCUGUAAUAGAUUCGAAUGGUAUUGUCUGGAAAACUGGGCCUAAAACAACUAUUUUUGUUAAAUCUCUUGAGGAUCCGUACUCCCAACAGGUUCGUCUUCAGCAACAGCAAGGACAGCCGCCAUCACAGCAGCAACAGCAAAGAACAGCAUACUCACGGUUUUAAUUCCAAGAAGUGACUCU